CGAAUCGUCACGCUCGCUUGGUCGACUGCGGUUCUCAUAAUUCGAUUCGAUGCGGAAUUGCAGCUAAUUAUGGCAUUUGUCAACGAUCGUAAUCAUUCUGUGUGUGUUUGGGCUGUUUCUUAACCUCAGAAUGCGAAGUUUGUAGUUGUAUGUGUAUGAAUUUGGGCGUAUACUCGCAAUAAUGACAUAACGAAGAAAUAUACUUGACAAUGCGAACAUUCUGAUGCGGUAUAGUUAUUCAUUUCCAAGAAAUCUUGUUGAACUACAAUAAUGGAGGACCCCGAAAAUUUGGGAGAAUGCAUCGUAAAAGUUGAAAACGAGGUGAAACAAGAACCAGGAUCUGAUAGUUUAGACAGUUCAGGAUUGAAUGACAUCACAUCGCAAACCCAAGUGAUUGUUGGAAAUAUUAAACGAGAGGAAGCUUCAGAUGAGGAGGAAUUAGAACGCCCUGCCCAGGUUACAGUUGAAGACUACAAGGAGGAAGUACAAGAAGGCUUCUAUACUAGUAUUUUGCCUACGGUUUCUUCUGCUCAGACAUCUGUGAGUUUGUCAAGACCACAGGCAAGUGUACAACUUCAGUGGAAAGAUCAAAGCCAGCUUCCAGCCCACAUUUCCAGCACUGAACCACAGCAGUGGGUUGAUGAUAAAGGUGGUGUUUUGACGAUUGCAGCACCUAAUGUGGGAGCGCAGUGGAUUGCAGCCGAUGCACAGAAUUUCACAGAUCGCGAUGGCAAUCUGGUAAAGGAUGCUGGUAACGUUCAGUAUGUGCUGAUGACAUCCGCGGAUCAGUUUUAUUUGGUUGAAAGUGGAGACAAUAAUACCAUAUGUGCCAGUGAUGGAAGUAUUAAGAAUAUUGUUGCUGGAGACAAGAACAUUCAGAUGAUAAGCAUCGUACCCAAUCAGAGUUUAGCUAAUAGUGGAGUGGUUAUUGGAAAUAUCGUAGGGGAGCAGGAUGUAGUGCAGGUUGCUACGAAGGAAGGAGACAACAUGGUGACUCCUGCGGGCACUUCCAGCAAAAGGAGCAGUGAUUCAGUGCCGGUCUUGACAACCAUUGCAUCUGAAGACUUAGAGUUGAAGCAGACGGAAAUUUCAAGGAAAAAGAAGAAAGUUGAGAAGCGAAAUGCCAGCACAACGGAUCAUGAAAGCGGCGUUAAGAAGCCUUGUGAUUUGAAUAGUUGCCCUCUGAGGUGCACUGCUGUCUUUGAUGAAGAUGAGAGGAACGAAAUAUUCAGAGCGUUCCAGUCACUCUCUCCGGAAGACCAGAAGAAAUUUGUCAUGCAGUGUUGCUCGAGAAAGAUAUAUUUGAAGGAUGUGAAAGGGUAUGAUGGGUCCAGCAAGACAACGUCCCACUUCAAAUACGAUUUUCAGAUGCGGUCGGCAAAGGGUGUGCCAGUGCAGGUGUGCAAAGUGUUCUUUGCCAGUACUCUUGGGUUCACUGACUUUUACUUCAGUUGUUAUUUAUCGGAUCUCUUUAAAAAUCCAAAUACGAGCAAAUUGUGUCAAAGUUCAGGUUCUUCACAAUGUUCGUGUUCAGGGUCGAGUGCGCGACAGCGGGGCAAAGCCACAGGGAAAUGGGCUGCUAAUUGCAAAGUCCAUUCAGAUGUGUACAGCCACGUGAACCGAGAUCUAUUCCACAGACACAUUGAGAGCUUUCUGAGGACAUUGUGUAUUCCCCAGGGGGAACAUAUGAGAACUAUAAACUACCUGCCUAAAGAAGUAUCCAUCCAAAUGAUGCACGAAGAUUUUGUUCUAAAGCAUCCUGAAAUUAAUUGUUCUUAUGAAUUAUACAAAAACUUUGUUGUCCUUUUCACAUCUUGAAAUUGGGUAAUCCAGUUUUGUGUCUUGAAAAGAAAUCACAAAACUUAUUCACUGGCUUUGAAGUAUUGUUGGAAAUUUGCAAUUUCGUGGUAAGCUACUUUUGACAGACAACUUUUUGGACCAUAAUAGGAUGCAAUGUUUGCUGAUCCAACAUAAUGUGGAUCUUGGAAACAUUUUUUAUAAUUGUAAAUGAGUCCAACUCUUAUUUAAGAAGGGAAAAUUGCAUUUAUUUAUACCUACGGUAUAUUUGUAUAUAGGGAGGGAGUUAUACUAAUAACAAACUAAAUCAGUGUUUAACUUGGAAUUGCAUAAAUAAAUAAAUAAUUUAAUAAAUAAGUAUAAUUACCCUUGGUUUGUGGGUACCUGUCAGAUAUAAUAUUGCAUAUUUAGCUUAUCUAUUGUUAAUAUUCACAUUCUACAACUUCUGUUUAAUCUUAAUGAUUUAUGUGAUUAUAAAUACAUAUACAAUUGAAGGGGUCAGCGCAAUAGUGGUCUAAACCACAAUUUAAGGAAACAAAAUCAAGUUAGUGUUGCAUAGUUGUAGUAGGAAGAGUUGUUAAGAUGAAAUAUAGUAACCUCAUUCUUUACUUAAUAGAGGAAAACAGGUCAAAACCACAAUGUACAAAUAUAGUUCACCUUCUUAGAUAGCAAAUGGUGUUAAUAACUCAUUUUUCAUAUGGGGGGAGGAGAUCAGACCACAAUUGUGCUCAGCCCUGCAAUUAUAAUUUUACAAGUGCUCUCUAAAGAGCAUUGCUUAUUAAUUGUUAAAAAGGUUUCAUGCAAAACAAAAUUGCUGAUUUUUAUUUUAAUAUAGCCAUUAAUUUUAUUAUUGACUUAGUUCUGUGGACUGUAAGCUCAAGAAUUUGUAAAUGUAACAAAACAAUAUAGUAACAAAUUACUUAGUGAUUUGUGAAUUGCUUUGUUAUAUCUAUAAGGCUUCAAGCCUUUUUGGGAAUUAAAUUUGAAAUGAAUACAUUGCCAAAAUAACGGAAAGACCCGUUUUCAUUUGAAGUACAAGAACAUUAUUAUUUAAUGGUUUUUGUGUUGUGGUUACAGAAACUAAUUUUCUUUGAAAAGGUGUUGAUCUGCAGGAUAAAUUGUAUUUGCCAUUAAUUUUAUUGUGUGUGUUUGGUUGCAUUGUAACACAUAGAUGUGCUGAAGAGAAAAGCUGUAAUACCAAUUAUAUUUAUUAUUUUACAGUUUCAUUUGUGUGUUUAAUAUACAUUUCUGCAUGGAGAGUUCUGUGUGAUAGAAGUAUGUGCUAGGUACUUUUGUACACAAUGGAGACAAAGAUACAAAUAUUUAUGUUGUAAUUGUUGUUAUUGGGUAUUAAAAUAUUUUUAUUUUAUGUCUGUUAUUAAGCAUUA